AUGGAAGACACUCGGACGCCCCGCGACAUACUCAAAGAAGCCCUCUCCCUCCGACUCACCACAGAUGACUUUGAAGAACAAUACCCCCGGGACCAUCUAGGUAAAACUUUGUGGAAAAUCGGAUUCGGUCAAUGCGGCCUCGUCUUCAUCGAACCCGACCAGCCUGACGCAACGGUAUUCAAGAUCGCUCGCCCCUCCUUCGGUGAUGCCCUACAAAAUGACUACGACGUCCACAUGCGCAUAGCGGAGGUCUUCCGCGGGCGCGACUCUCGCAAUGAUACCUGCACCGUUAACACCGAGUCACUUCGCGAAAGCCGCGUCCAACUCCCGGGAGUCUUCUCGAUAUUCCCCUACGAUGCUGCUGCCGAAAGACUCGACCUUGGCCGCUUUGAUGGCGACCCUAAGGCAUCCUCUACAACCACCGUCGCCGAGGCUCCUCACCUCUGGUGGAAAAGGAAUCUUCGCAGGUUUCCCGACUCCGAAAAGUCAACGUCCAAGACUGGCCCAUCGUCAUCAGCCUUCAUCCUGCCCGCCCCCGCUCUAUUCACCGAACGCAUCCCCCCUCUCCCCACCGCCGUCCGCUCCGCCCUAAUUCAGCUCUACUGUCCACCUGCCCAGCAGAGCGCCGUCAGCGCUAACCCCGUCAACAGAGACUGUAUUGCGCGCGUCUACCUUGGUCGACGAAGACCGAGGAGGUCCGACGGGACCAUAAUAGAGUCCGCCAACUUCGGUUUGAGGAACUAUAACCUCCACCUGGACCAGAUGCUGGAGUUGGAACUGCCAGUGGACCAUUAUGCGACAAUGAUGGCGGAGACUCUGGCGGAGAUGCAUUGGGCAGCUGGAACGGAUGGGUAUGAUGUUGAGUUUGUUUUGGGUGGUGGUCGACACAGGAGUAUUUGUCGUCAACCGCAAACAAGGGGACGCGACGAGGAGAAUAUCAGAACAAACGUGACUCUGGCGGAUAUGUGGCUGUUGGAUUUCAACUUGUGCAAUAUGUUUAAACUGAAGGAGUUGGAUACGGAGGAGAAGAGGGAGGGGCUCGUGAGUUAUUUGGUUCAUGCCUUCUUUGAGAAUGAUCCGUAUUAUCCUAGGCCUCGGAGGGCAGCUGAGAAUGGCGGGGAGGGUGGGGUUGGUGGCCGUUUGGAGGAUGUCAAGCUGUGGAAGAUUUUUAAGGAGGCAUAUUUGGAGCAGUCGAAGACGUUGUUGGAAGAGAAGGACGCGUCUGAGGUGGAGUUGAAGUUGCCGUUGCGAUUUAUCGAGGCAUGUGUUGAGAAGCAGAAGACGCUGCCUGAGGGAGUGGAUAAGAUUGUUCAAGUUUGA